AUAAAUGCCGUCCUUUAACUCAGCGGUUCAUUCAGUUCGCAUUCGACAUUAGAACAUUCAACAAUAACGUUACGAACAUAUUUUACCUAGCGUGGCCAUGAAUAAAGUUCUGCUUGCUGUGCUCAUGCUAAGCGUGAGCCUAGGCUCACUCGAAGCUGUGGAUAUAUGUAAAAACCAACCCAAUGGUGUAUUGCUGCCAUAUCCAGAGGAUUGUACGAAAUAUGUGGUCUGCCGUCAAGGGGAACCGCAUAUGCUUUUAAAAUGUCCCUUGGGAUUACACUUUAAUAGGUUGCAAUCGAUUUGUGAUGUUAAGGAACGUGCCGCUUGUCAAUUGGAGAAAAGCCAGGUAUCCCAGCCGGUACUUGCUCCCUUAACUGGUCCCUCGGGAACAACAUGUCUCAAUUCGGGUAAAUGUGCUGGAAUGCCCGAUGGCACAAUGUUUGCUGAUCCCAAUUCCAGUGGAUAUAUAGUAUGUCAGUGUGAGUGUGAAAUUGCAAUGCCCUGUGCUCCCGGUACUGCUUUCAAUGAAGCCUUACAGACUUGUGCUCACACUGGCUGUGGUGGCGGUAAUUGUGGGGAAUCAUCCACCGCGCCACCACCACCAUCAUCUACGCCACCACCACCAUCAUCUACGCCACCACCACCAUCAUCUACGCCACCACCGCCAUCAUCUACGCCACCACCACCAUCAUCUACGCCACCACCACCUUCAUCUACGCCGCCACCACCUCCAUCAACAGGACCGUCAGGCACUACAUGCUCUAGUCCCGGUAAAUGUGCUGGAAAACCCGAUGGCACAAUGUUUGCCGAUCCCAAUUCCAAUGGAUACAUAGUUUGCCAGUGUGAAUGUGAAAUUGCAAUGAGUUGUGCUCCCGGUACUGCUUUCAAUGAAGUCUCACAGACUUGCGAUCACAGUGGUGAUAAUCCCUCGACUGGACCUUCGGGAACAACAUGCCAAAAUCCCGGUAUAUGUGCUGGAAUGGCCGAUGGCACAAUGUUUGCCGAUCCCAAUUCCAAUGGAUACAUAGUUUGCCAGUGUGAGUGUGAAAUUGCAAUGCCCUGUGCUCCCGGUACUGCUUUCAAUGAAGCCUUACAGACUUGCGAUCACAGUGGUGAUAAUCCCUCGACUGGACCUUCGGGAACAACAUGCCAAAAUCCCGGUAUAUGUGCUGGAAUGGCCGAUGGCACAAUGUUUGCCGAUCCCAAUUCCAAUGGAUACAUAGUUUGCCAGUGUGAAUGUGAAAUUGCAAUGAGUUGUGCUCCCGGUACUGCUUUCAAUGAAGUCUUACAGACUUGCGAUCACAGUGGUGAUAAUCCCUCGACUGGACCUUCGGGAACAACAUGCCAAAAUCCCGGUAAAUGUGCUGGAAUGCCCGAUGGCACAAUGUUUGCUGAUCCCAAUUCCAGUGGAUAUAUAGUAUGCCAGUGUGAGUGUGAAAUUGCAAUGCCCUGUGCUCCCGGUACUGCUUUCAAUGAAGCCUUACAGACUUGUGCUCACACUGGCUGUGGUGGCGGUAAUUGCGGAGGAUCAUCCACCGCGGCACCAACAGCAGCUCCAACAGCAGCUCCAACAGCAGCUCCAACAGCAGCUCCCACCGCAGCUCCAACAGCAGCUCCAACAGCAGCUCCCACAGCAGCUCCCACAGCAGCUCCCACAGCAGCUCCCACAGCAGCUCCCACAGCAGCUCCCACAGCAGCUCCCACAGCAGCUCCCACAGCAGCUCCCACAGCAGCUCCCACAGCAGCUCCUACAGCGGCUCCCACCGCAGCUCCUACAGCGGCUCCAACGUCUCCUCCCAGCGGCAGUACCCCAUCAACAGGCCCCUCAGGCACUACAUGCUCUAGUUCCGGUAAAUGUGCUGGAAUGCUUGAUGGCACAAUGUUUGCCGAUCCCAAUUCCAAUGGAUACAUAGUUUGCCAGUGUGAAUGUGAAAUUGCAAUGAGCUGUGCUCCGGGUACUGCUUUCAAUGAAGCCUUACAGACUUGCGAUCACAGUGGUGAUAAACCAUCAACUGGACCUUCGGGAACAACAUGCCAAAAUCCCGGUAAAUGUGCUGGAAAGCCCGAUGGCACAAUGUUUGCUGAUCCCAAUUCCAGUGGAUAUAUAGUAUGCCAGUGUGAGUGUGAAAUUGCAAUGCCCUGUGCUCCCGGUACUGCUUUCAAUGAAGCCUUACAGACAUGUGCUCACACUGGCUGUGGUGGCGGUAAUUGCGGAGGAUCAUCCACCGCGGCACAAAUUGCAAUGCCUUGAGCUCCCGGUACAGUAUUCAACGAAUACCAGCAAACUUGCAUCAAUUAGAAAUUCCUAUAGGAUUUUCUCUACAAUAAUAAAAUUUUUUAAAUAAACCAA